AUGCCAAGAUAUUCAAAGCCACCUCAGAAUCCAGCGGUGGCCAUGGAGCACCUACUUCCUCAUGAGAUCGCUGGGCGGGAGCUGGAGAUGCAGGAGGCGGCGGAGAUCGAGGAGCGUCAGGAGGAGGAGUUGCACGUGGCCGAGGUCGAGGAGGAGCGCCUGGUCGAGCAUGCUAAGAGUCUUACCACCACCGUGGUCACAGCACACGCCCCCGCAGAGGCGCGGAAUGAGGAGAUCUACCAGGAGUCCCGCGGCUUCGAGAGGGGUCGUCUGGGGCGGCAGAGGGCGUUCGAGCUGAGCGUCGCUAAAGGCGCUUCCUCGGCGGACCAGGAGAGCACCGACACCAUCAUCGAGGAGGUCGCCAUGGAUGCUGAGGCCGAAGCCAACAAGAUCGCCGCCGAGGAGGCCGCCAAGACCGCCAGCGAGGACGCUGCCAAGGGGCCGGCCGGGGAGACUGGCAAGGCCGCUGCCGAGGAGGCCGGCAAGGGGCCUGUCGGGGAGGUCGGCAAGGCCGCUACCGAGGAGGGGAUGGACCUGCUGGCCGAGCGCAAGCUGGAGCUUGUCAUGAAGCAGGCCAACAUCGAGAACGCCCAGGAUGAGGCGAGGGAGCAAGCCACCAAGGACGAGGCUGCCCGGCACCAUCACCAGGAUGAGGAGAUCGGGAAGCUCGUCGCGCAGCGGACCCAGGAGCUGGAGCAGAAGCACAAGGAGGCGCUCGAUGCUCAAGCUCUGGUCCAUGCCAGCAAGGUGAAAGAGCUAGAGGUGGAACUAGACGGGCUGAAAGAGCAGGCUCUGAAGGUGGCGAAGGAGAAGGACACGCUCAACGGCUUCCGAUUGAGGACAAGCGAGGUCUAA